UGCCUGCAGCAGAAGCCAGCUGCUUCAGCAGCAGCAGCUGAAAUCUCCUUUCACAGCUAACCUGACCAGCCCAGGAUGCGGCUUCUCUGUGACAUCAUAGCCAGAUGUUUGGCAAAGCCACACCCCCGCAGGGGUCUGAAACCAGCCAAGGAGCAAUAACGGACAUGCUCACUUCUGCCGUCAGAAUGCAAUGGCAAAGCUGGAGAGACGACAGGCUUCUUCUCGCGGAGGGUCGUUAAUUCUGUGUCAAGCCGCAAGCUGUUCUGGACGGGGUUUGUUUUGCUUUAUGCUUUCCUUGGAUGCCUUUCCUCUUGGGAAAGGGAGAAGCUGGGUGUGACCCUUAUAAACAAAGUACUUUUCUGGUAGCUGUGAAACCAGCCCUCCUCAGGUCUACAGAAGUGUGCGUGCAUGUAUGUGGGAGUCCUCGGCUGUCAUUUUCUUUUUCUUUUUCAAAAGUUAACACCAAAGGAAAGCUUGCUGCCAACUGAGACACCUCGAGAGGUGUGGAAAAUGGCCAUAGCUGCCUACUUUGCUGCCGAGUGCCUUGUUUCCAUGUCCAGCCGUGCGAUCAUACAUAGUCCCUCAGGGGAGCCAGCUCCUCAGCCUGUCGGGUUAACGGCACCUAUCGCCAUUUCAAAUCGAGACGAGAAACAUGACGUGAAAGAGCUUGGAAGAGACAAUGGAGGUGGGUCCUCGGUGUAUGCCGUGGCCAGCAUCCUGGCAGACCUCAACCAGCACGUUCCAAAGCCUUCCUUGCUUCAGGUGGAGAAGCCGGAGAGCCUCCAAGGAAGGGCGGAACCAAACCCCUCUCCGACGCGUGAAGCAUUUGGGGAAGAAAGUCUCUUGCCGGCCGGCAAGUGUGGAGGAGGAAUUGCAGCCACACCUACCAGCUUGGCGGCAAGGAGUGAACCAAGCCCUAAACAAAGGAGCCGGAGAGGGAGAAGCCGGCCUGACCCCGAAUUACCUCUGAAAAAGCAUAAAUGCCACUAUGUGGGGUGUGAAAAGGUUUAUGGCAAGUCUUCUCACCUGAAAGCUCACCUAAGGACCCAUACAGGUGAGAGGCCUUUUGAAUGCCGCUGGGAAGAAUGCAACAAGAAGUUUGCCCGCUCUGAUGAGCUGGCGCGGCAUUUCCGCACUCACACCGGGGAGAAGAAGUUUGGCUGUCCUCUCUGCGAGAAGCGCUUCAUGCGCAGUGACCACCUGACCAAGCACGCCCGCCGGCAUGCCAACUUCCACCCAAGCAUGCUGAAGAGGAGGAGCGGGAGCAGUUCCCGGACGGGCUCUGUGAGCGACUACAGCCGCUCAGACGCUUCCAGUCCCACCAUCAGCCCAGCAAGCUCGCCGUAGACCUGCCUGCACUGGAUGUUCGCACUUUGCUCUCCUUGUUUAUACAUGUACUUCUUGGAGUUUCAUUUGCAUUGCACACUGCUUUUUUUUUUUAACUCCUUUUCUUUAUUAUUAUUUUUUAAAAAAUACAUUGUCUUCUCUCACUGCAACUCACAAGCAGAAAAUAUUUGGCACAGCAGAACGAACCUCAUUCAUUGAUGGAGCUCUUCCCCAUUUUUCUGCCAGCAAGCCGUUACCAGCCAACAUUAUCUGGACCCCCACGCCCCACAAAGCCUUAAGAAGAUACUCUGGUUGGUGAUUUUUUUAAUAUAUACAUAUUUUUAAAAGACUCUUGCUCAGGUGUCAAAGCAAAUUUUGUAGAAAGAGACUGCAAAACAGGAAUGCCUAUACAGUUCAUUCAACCGGGUUGAAUUUUUUUCCCCCACCUCCUCUCAACUUUCUCAGGGAUAUGUAUUUAUAUAACACAGUGAUGAAGACACACCUUCCUACAGGUUCACUUGCUCAACAGAUUUGCACUCCAAAAAGUAGUGUUGGGUUCUUUCGCACACCAAGGAGGAAGCCAAUAUUGGACUUUGUGCUUGAAUGGUCUGGUUUCACAGUUGGUUUAAAUUCUUUGGGGGAAAUAGGACCUUAUAUGGCAUGCCCCAAGACUAUUUCAUACAGUUGCUCUUUGUUUUUUUUAAAUUUCAUACUGAGAUGAUUCUAUCACACCAGCUUCCUGUUGCAAAAAAAGCUUGUUCGAGCUUGAUUCAUUGGGGUUUUACCCCCAUUCAUUUUCAGGUGGGGUGAGUUCUUUUUAAUUUUUUUAAAAAUUGUUUUUGUAAAAUUUUUGUAAAAAAACAAAGUAGAUGCCUUAAUCAAAAUUUCUAAAUAUAGGGAAAUGUAUUUACACUGGGAAACAGCUUAUUUAAGUACAAAAUGGUAGGAUCGCACUUUUGAGGCAUUAAAACUUGCAAUCCUUCAGGCAAAACUCCAUUGAAAUGAAUGGAGAAUUUUCUGGCAGGAUUGUGCUCAUUGUCCCUCAUUACCUGCACUGUUUGGCUAUUUGGUGGCUAACAAAAAUAGCAUGCAGACUGGAUCAACUUGAACAGUUUUACUGUUUAGUUUCACUUUAAAAAAAAGUGAGGGGGAGGGGCACGUAUCCAAACUGAUUAUGACUUUAUCAAGGUACUAAUUUACUAUAAAGACUCUGGAUUGCAGUAAGCUGAAGACAUUGCUUAAAGACAGAAAGCUUCAAUCCAACACUGCAAUGCUGCCAACGGCCAGUAAGCAAUGAGGAAAAAAAAAACCAAGCAGCAGUAAUGAGAAAACAUUUUAUUCCUGGGGAAAGGAAAAAAAGAAAACCCAUAUCUAGAAAGUGUUACACAAAUGGUGUUUUAGUUCAAUACUGUAGUACGUCCUCCAGCAUCUUAACAUUGUGCAGGGACUGUCUGGAUACAAGAGAACUCCCUGUCCCAACUGGACGCCAAGGAUCCCCAGACUGGCUUCCUACCUUCCUGACCUCUCUUCAUGUUGCCACAAUCCUGACUGGACAUCACUAAGCCUCGUGCCCACAAGAGAAUCUUCCUCAUCUGCCAGGCCAAUGCCGGCCAAUCCUAAGGUGAACUACCUUCAAAAAGGGCUUUAUGGCUAUUUUAAAAAUAAACACUUCAACCCAACAAGAGAAGUCUGUACACAUAAACAGCCUUCCAUAUGCAUUGCUGAUGCCAAUCGGAGCUCCACCGAAUAGCAUGUAUCCAUCCUUUCGAUGCGGAUUUGGAUCCAUCCUUUCGACGCGGAUUCGGAUGGGGAAGCACAAUUGGCUCCAGGGCCACUCAUUGCUAUCCAUGUUUAGCUGGAGCAGGACCAAGGUUCAUAAAUACAAAUAAUUUAACUAUAAAGUGGUCUAUGCUUUACAAUUAAAAACAAAAAAACAGAAAAACCUUUAAAAGCCAACAAGAAUGCUGGGAGAUUUCCGCAACCUCAUUGUUGCUGAAUUGGCUGAUUCAGAUGCGGUUUACUAAACAUUCAGGUGCUUUUCACAUUCCAUUUUGAAAUAAAAUUACUGUAAGUGGUAAAUGCAGUCAACUGUAGCACAGUAAAACAAACUCAAUAGCCCCAAACUGCUGUUUAUGGUAAGUGUAAUCCUCUCUACAUUCCAAAGGUGUCUUAACCAAGAUCUUCCUUCCUGCUUUGCAAUGAUUCUGUUUUGCCAGCUCCCCGUCCCCCACCUCUAAACUGUACUGUGUAUUAACUGCCAGAGGAAAAUAAUAUGCCGCCAAUUUAAAAGUAGCUUUUAGGUACAUACAAAUAUUGCUCUAAGUACCAGUCAUUCUCUCCACUGUAUUGCUGCCUGUUAUACAAACAAAGGUCAAAAUAUAGAUAUUUCAGUAUUUUAUGGGCAUUGGUUUCAAAGUUCAACUUUACAGGACCGUUUCCAACUCCUUUCAGCUAUAAACUGGGCUAGGCAAGGCUUGUUAGUAUGGAUUCAUAACCAGAUGGAGACCAGUGGGCCGAUCUGGCCACCAUUACAGGAGGUCAAAGUCCUGUUUGUUUUGAGCAACGAGUUGCCAGACUUCUGUUAGCCUGAAGAGAGGCACAGCAUUCGGCUUCUAGGGCUGCAACAAUAAUGUCUGUGGCAGAAUCGAAUGAGACCAGCCAUAUGAAGGUAUUCAGAAAUCAGAAAUUCACAUUCCAAAUCAUGUUGGUAGUUCAGGCUGGAAGUGGGUAUCAUUUGUAGGGCCUGAGGAGUAUUCAGGAGAAGGAAACUCUGCUAGCUAUAUCUAGAUGCCAGUCCCCUUAGGCCUAUCAUAGAAAUUGAUUUAUGAUCAGACAGAAACUGGUAUUGUCAUAGUAAGAGGGAGAUAAAUGACUGUAAAGUCUACUCUAACCACACCAUCAUAGGAACACAGGCAGCUGCCAUAUACUGAGUCAGACCACUGGUCUAUCUAGUAUUGUCUUCACGGACUGGCAGUGGCUUCUCCAAGGUUGCAGGCAGGAAUCUCUCUCAGCCCGAUCUUGGAGAUGCUGCCAGGGAGGGAACCUGGAACCUUCUGCUCUUCCCAGAGUGGCUCCAUCCCCUUAGGGGCAAUCUCUUGCAGUGCUCACACUUCUAGUCUCCCAUUCAUAUGCAACCAGGGCAGACCCUGCUUAGCUAAGAGGACAAGUCAUCCUUGCUACCAGAAGACCAGCUCAGGAGUUCUCAAACUUGAGUCCCCAGCUCUUGGACUACAAUGGCCACUGUGGCUGGGGAUGACGGGAGUUGUAGUCCAACAACAGCUGGGAGCCCAAGUUUGAGAACCCCUGACUCAAGAGGAUGUUAUUUCUCCAAGGACAUAUUUCCCUUUCACAAGCAGUGUGAAAUCAGAUCCCACACAAGCGGUAAUGAGUGGUAAUAUUCGUUUCGCAAUGUCCCUGCCAAUCGGGGCUAGCCCAAAUGCGCCAGCAUCCCCAACAGUCCCCUGGGGUGGCAACAUUUUAGGGAUUCCAAACAAAGCAGCGUUUAGGGUGCUAAACAGGAGCCAGGAAUUACACCCACCGAGAGCUGCUGACAGUGCAUGCACACUCCCAGUCUUUGACCAAGGGCUAUUCCUUGCUGGAUUCAUGGGUGGCUUAUGUGACUAUAUGCCGUUGUUCUUCCCCACCCCUGCCACCCAAGAAGCUAGGGAGCAAACCUGAGACCUUGUGCAAGCAAAACAUGCCCUGUCACGGCUAUUCAUGGACCCUCUCUGUAGAGGCUGCUGAUCUAAACUGACAGGGGCUCAUCUCUUAAAGCUACUUACAGUAUCAGAACUCUCAAGUGCAUUCAGGGCAGGAUUGGGGCCUUAGCAAAGUAAACAGCAGGGAAAGUAGCAUCCAUAUCUAUUUGGGACGUUGCUAAUUUGGAAUUUGGUGGCUUCUGUCUACCUAUUUGGGACAUUGCUAAUUUGAGAUUUGGAGGAAGUAUGAACAAUGCUUCAGAGAUUAUUUAAAAAAAACAUGAUUUCCGUUCCUUUCAAUUUCAUAAAUAAUAGUAAACAUAAAACAAAACACUCAGGGCUUGCUAAAAACAGUCUCUUUCUGGAGAUAGAGAGCACACAAAACCUCAUUUUAGCAACCGUUUCACCCGUCAUUAUUACUGUAAAUAGAAUCCAGCAUUUGAUGUCAAUUCUAUUUUGGAUUUUUAAAUGAAAAGGGGUUCAUACGAUCAAGAUUAAAGAGCAGAUACAUUUUCCCCUCUGUGAUUGUGUGCGCACACACACUUAAAAAUAAAUAAAUCAAGACUAUUUGAUUCUAUGUAGCAGCUAUUCGUAAACCUAUCAGAACCUCCUGAGCAAAAAAUGCUAAAGCAUUUCUCUCUGGGGACGUUCAGCUUCCUGCUUCUUUGGCUGUGCUUGCUCUAGUGCAUACUUGGAGAACUUGUUGUGCGCUGGGCACAUGGGCCACUGAACACACACGCCUGACUUGUGCUGCGGGUGUGUGUGUGUGUGCUGAUGCACAGCCAACCCAUGCAGUGGGCCCGUUUCUGCAAUGGGCGAGGAGGACAGUAUCGUUGGUGAGCUCUCCUGUCCCAGACUGUCUCUCCUUCAACAUGCGCAGUUUCAUCUACAGGACCACCCUCACAGCGGUGGGUGCUAUUGUCGGUGCAGGCGCUGUCUUGGGGUAUUCUCCAGUCCAGUCUAAUAAGCAAUAUGGAGAUUUCUUGACAGAGACCCCACAAUGGUUCGUGUGUGUGCUCAGAAAGGAUAGAUUCAGACAAAGCCAAGGAUGCAGCAGAGACAUCAUUGGCUUGUUUGUUUUUUAAGUGGUGGGUGCUCAGAGCUCUCCAAUGAAUAAUCAUUGCACUAAAAAACAACAAUCCUGGGUGAAUUAACUACGACAGUGUCCAUCUGCAUCUAACCGAUGGCAACUGCGGAGGCUCACCUAUGCUGGGCAAUAUGCAUCAUGCAAUCCCAAUGGCCUUAUUGUAGCAGCAGUCUGGAAAAGACCCAAAUUGGAGCUGGGUCUACACCAAAUGCAGAUCCAAGGGCAAGAUCGAUGCUGCACUGUGCUGCCUGUGGCUGAAUGCUUCCCCCAAAAUACAUUCUUGGGCCACAGAAAACUAGAUUACCAGGGAAAGGGUUCCAGCCUAGGCUAGUUUCCCACGGCUUCUUUUUUGUGGAGGAACAUUUGAAAGCUACGCCUUCCCCACCACACACACACACACACACACACACACACACACACACACACACACACCCCUGCAGGCAAAGUGGUACAGUCCAGGGACAGUUUUACUCUGUGUAGAACAGGUGCUGGAUUCAGCUCUACAACUAAGGUGGUGGACUGCAUAACUACAGAGAUAUUUGGAUGGGGGGCGGAGGGCAUAUGUUUGAAGGCACUGAUGGAUUAUUGAUGCAUGGGCAGUUUGUGGAUCAUCAGCUUCUGGAGCACAUAUUUCAUGCAUGUUCCAGGUGAAAAUCUGGAACAUGGUGGGGUGGCGACUGCCAUGUAUGUCACGGGCAUACAGAGCAUUCAGACGAACCACUGUCAAACUGAAUCCGUUCCCCCACCAAACCAAACCAAAGCACCCAGUGCCUUCUCUGCCACUGUCACCUUUUUGUUUGCAUACACUGUCAGAAAACUUGGGGAACCACAGUGUGUGAGCGUGUUAAUAUGUAGCCUAGCUCUUCAAGGGCUGGGCUCAUAUGACAGACCACCUAGAAGAAUUCUAGGCAGCAGGGCUCCGUGAUCCGGGACGUCUCAUUUUCCAUCUGCUAGCUCGGUUCUCCUUGCUUCUGCCUUUGCCACUUUCACUUGGUAACAGUUUACAAUUGCGUUUUGGGACAGGUAUAUUGAAGUGUAUAUAUAGAUAGCUAAACAUAUGGGUUUUUUGUACUUUACACAUUUUUUACUGUAAUGUUGGCCUUCUUUACUGCAGUCACCUAGAGGAAACUUCCAACUUGGCUGUCUCGUUCUCACAACACAAUUGGAGUGUUUGGAAAUAUAGACGCCAGGUCAAGUGUAGGAUCAAGCUGCAGGGCGUGGGCCCAGAAGGCCCUCGCCCACCUCUAGGUGAUUUGAAUUCAUGCUUCGCUUUGUCCAGGCAAUUGUGAUAAGAAUUCUAGGAGGUAAAUGGUGUGAGCUAUGCAUUCCUCCGGAAACAUGUUUUAGGUAGUCAAGUGUAAGGAAAACAAGUGCUCUAUAUAGCGAUAAAGCUUGCUUUCUCAUAAUCUUUUGUUGUGAUAAUUUAACCAAGGAACCCCUCCACACUGAUUUCCUGAUGUGCAAUUACUCCCAUGUAGAACUUGAACAAUGCAAAAAAAAAAAAUUGGGAGCAAGCCACUGGGAAUUUCUGAGCGGGUUACUCUUGGGAGUCAAGCUAUACUAUCAGCAGAACCAAGUGGAAAAUAUUUCCCUGCACUGCAUAUGGGGCGGUGAAGGCAGUCUGCGUGAUGGCGGGUUCCCCAGGAAGGCCCCUCCCCUGGCAGUAGCAUGCCAAAGAGAAGGGAUCAACCUAACCUUCUCCCUGAAAUGCAAUUUUAAUUUGUGCAGGGAAUUUUGAUUACGGAGAAGUGUUCUAACAUGCAACUCCGAAGCUGAAGUGGCACCAUCCAGGAAAAGCGUUACCACGGUAGCUGGCUGACUGUAUCAGCUGGCCCCCUAAGGAAUUAAGUUAAACAAAUGCUUGCUAACUUUUGUGGCUCUCACCUAGUCCAAUGGGCUGGUACAGAAGAAAUCACCAGUCUGCUGAGCCUGUGGAGUAUAGCAGGGUGUGGGGCAGAGAGCAGUCGGGUAGCCUCUUACAUGCCGGAGCUGGUAAGGAAGUCCAGGCAUGGUGUGGGAAAGAGCCGGCCCAUCUUUAUUUCUCCCCCGGGCGUCCAAGUACAGUAUAUGCAGAGACAGACCCAUCUCCCUCCCACUCUCAAGGACAGGCGUCUUUGGAACCAUUAUGGGUCUUCACUGAAGAACAUCUAGUGACAGGCCUGGCCAAAACUCCAGGUACAAACGGCUUUGAACUUGGGAGAAGUGUUCUUCUGUGGCUUGGGGCUGGUCUACACAUCACGCCUAAUGCCUAAAAUGGCCGCCACUUAUGAACUCGGCCCCAUCAUUGUUGUAGGUACAUGUAGCACAAGGUCAGGCAGCCAUUUCAGGCAGGGGGCGGCAGGGGCUGUUGUCCGGCCCCCUGCCAUGGCCCUUGCCUCUCUGCCACUGCCUCUCCUCUCCCCGCUGUCUCCCCCUCACUCCUCCUCUUCCUCUCCUUCUGCUCCUCCCACUGCCAGCCAGUGCGCAACACACACACACACACACACCAUCCCACCACCGCUGUUCUUCCCCUCUCCUAGAUAAGAGGGGUAGUGGAGAUGGGCCACACCGCUGGGAGGGCAGAUUGGUGAGCAAUGUGCUCUGUGCGCUGCUGGGAAGGGGUGGAGGUGCAAGAGCAGUGAGCAGCAGCAGCAGCAGGCAUGCACCAUGCGCCGUCCAGGGCUGGGUGGUGGCAGCCCCUUGUUGCUCUGCCUCAGGCACCAAGGGGGCUUGGGCCAGCCCCAGUGCAGCACCACCGCCAGGCAAUGCCUCCUAGUUCACAUCAGCCCCUUUCCUAGAGCACAUGGCGUUGUCCUGGCUAUGCGCCAUGUGAGGAGGAGGAAGCAGGACAUGAUUAUGGGUGGGACACUGGAUUUGUGUCCAGGGAAAAAUCCUUUGCUUGUCUUCCGCACUUGCUAGCUUGGCCUUUCCUGCAAUUGCCAGCCUUUUCUUUCCCACCCCUUUGAGAUCUCCCUCCUUGUCUCAAAGUUUAUAUCCGUAAGCUCACUGAGGCAGGACUCUACCUGCUUUGCUUAUGUUACUCAGUAAAGGGCCCGAUGCACAGAUGGCACCCCAUUGGUAACAGAUAGCAACAACGGGGACCCGUUAUCACACCAAGGUGCUUUUGCAUGGCAAGGGAAGACCAUCCUCAAGUCCCCUCUCUGCUGAAGCUAUAACUGUGUGGAGUUACUUGUGCAUAAAUAUAUAUAUAUAGAGAGAGAGAGAUAAAUAUAUACUCUGUGUAUGAGUACAUGAAUGGAAGUAUGUGGAUUACACACGUUUACAUCUAUAUUUUCACCUGGGGCUGAAAGACAACCGUUCUGGUCAAUUUCAGCUCAACCCAUUUUCUCAACAGCACCUCAGUACUUUCAUUGGUCACUUUUGGGGAUUUUUUAUAAUGAAUCACUACAUUGAAGUAUUGCAGUUGUACAGCCAUAUAUUGUCCUCUACUUGCUCUGCUGUAACCUUUUAAAAAAUGUAUUUUGUACUGCAUAGAGUUCUAUAUUGUGACAAUGUCCCUAUGCAAGAAACAAAAAGACAGACAACUAACCAAUGUCAAAUGUCAACUUGUAUGCAUGAUUAGUGAUGUUUGAAUUUCUGAAUAAAAUUAAUGAUUAAGAAAGA